AGAGCGAGCUGCUUUAGGAGUAGAGCUCACCGUUAAACAUGGGCGGGAGAACCCCUCUUCUUGUCCUCACCUUUUCUCUUGCUGUUCUGAGCAUUGAGCUUGGGAUUUCUCAUGGCUUCCGAGAGACGGAGAGGAAAGCCCUCAUCGACUUCAAGCGUGGACUUCAUGAUCCUUCCAAUCGUCUCUCUUCCUGGGUCGGCGAGGACUGUUGUGCGUGGGAAGGAGUUGGCUGCAGCAACAUCUCUGGUCAUGUUAUCAAGCUGGAUCUUCGAAAUAAACGUCGGACUGAUCUAACUAAGGACUGCACUCAUCAGGAGGUGUACGACAUGUUGGAUGAUGAUCCAGGAUGCAAAUGGGCAGUGCGUGGUGACAUAACUCCAUCACUGCGUUCUCUCCAACAACUUAAUCGCCUGGACCUCAGCGGCAACUAUUUUAUGCAUAAACCUAUCCCAAAGUUCUUGGGAGCUUUCAGAAGACUAACAUAUCUUAACCUCUCAGGUGCAGGCUUCGUGGGUAGAGUACCUGACCAGCUCGGAAAUCUAUCCACUUUGCAGCAUCUCGACCUUUCUUAUAACUUCUAUGGGGAUGAUGAAGGUGAUGGCUUCUUCUUCUUGUACCUUGAGAACACGAGAUGGAUCUCUAUGCUCACUUCCCUUCGGCAUCUUAACAUGACUCGUGUCCGUUUUACAAAUGCGGCCAACUGGUUCCAAGAUUUGAAUGCACUACCACAGAUACAAGAGAUUGAAUUAAGAGGUUGUGACUUAGGGACCUUUCCACGCUCGCUGUCUCAUGUCAACUUCACCUCUCUCACCACUCUUGAUUUACGAUACAAUGAUAUAAACUCCACCAUACCAGAUUGGGUGUUCAGUAUUACUAGCCUCGAGUUCCUUUAUCUUGGUGGGAAUGAAAUAUACGGAUUCUUUCCUGAUUCUGUUACGAAGUUGACUUCUCUUAGGGCACUCGACUUGUCUGGGAGUGAGUUCCAAGAUGGCUUCAUGCGAUUAGCUCCUAUAUCCAACCUCUGCAAGCUCCAAAUUCUCGAUCUAAGCUAUGUGCCUAUUAACGAUGUGUUUGCCAAUCUAAAAAUGGUUUUCUCUGGAUGUCUUAAGUAUAGUAUGGAGGAAUUGGACCUCAGCGACACCCAGCUGAGUGGUUCCUUUCCGGAUUGGCUAGGGAACAUCAAGAAUCUUAAAUCUCUUGAUCUUUCUUUCAACUCUAUCUAUGGAUCAGUGCCUGCAUCUAUCGGGAAUCUAUCAUCGCUGCAACAUUUGUAUUUAUAUUCCAAUGAGUUGAAGGGGACAAUUUCGAAAGGAAUCGGACAACUGAAGAGCCUUGUUGAUUUGGAUCUCUCCAAUAACUCGUUGAGCUUAUCGGAGGACGACCUAGCUAAUCUAUCGAGUUUGAAAUAUUUGGACAUUUCAUACAACUUCAUUGAAUUGGAUAAAAGCGAUGAUUGGAUCCCUCCUUUUCGGCUUCAAAGUCUCUUCAUGGAUUUCUGCCAAAUCGGGCCCACGCCCCAAUUUCCAAAAUGGCUCCGAACACAAACUACUCUUCGUCAACUAUAUUUGUCAAGUGCAAGUAUCAAAGAUAUGUUUUUCGAUAGGCUUCCUUCUAGUCUUGAGUAUUUGGAUCUCUCCAAUAAUUCUUUAUCAGGACAUCUUCCUCCAAAAAUAUUAAACAUGAUGCCAAGACUCAAAUAUUUGGAUCUCUCCAACAACAAGAUUACUGAAGUAAAAGACAUGAUUCUCGAUGGGCAUCCUUCUAGUCUUGAGUAUUUGGAUCUUUCUUAUAACUCUCUCCAUGGAUCACAACUUGUAUCUCUUGGAAACCUCUCUAUGCUGCAAUCUUUGGAUUUAGGAUCCAACAAUUUGAAUGGGAUGCUUCCGGAAGGCAUCAAAUGGUUGAAGGGCCUCGUCGAAUUGGAUCUCUACAAUAACUCGUUGAGCUUAUCGGAGGUCCAAUUGGCUAAUCUAUCAAGUUUGAAAUAUUUGGACAUUUCAUACAACUCUAUAUACUUGAACAAAAGCGAUGACUGGAUCCCUCCCUUUCAACUUAACACCCUUCGCUUGGGAUUCUGUCAAAUAUUGCCCAGGCCCCAUUUUCCGAAAUGGCUCCGAACACAAACCACUCUUGGUGAAUUAGAUUUAUCAAAUACAGGUAUGAAAGGAACGAUUCCCAACUGGCUUCCAUCCGGUCUCGAGUAUUUGGAUCUCUCCAAUAAUAUGAUUGGCGGUGAUGUACCAUAUUAUUUUUCAAAUCUAACUACGUUGGAUCUCAGCAAUAACUCGUUAUCAGGAUAUCUUCCUCCAAAAUUAUCAAUCAUGAUGCCAAGUCUGGAAUAUUUGUCUCUCUCCGACAAUAAUAUUAUGGGUGAGAUGCCACAAUUCUUUCCAAAAAUCUCAAACACAAUGUCAAGUUUACGAUGGUUCGAUCUAUCUGCCAAUAAUCUGAGUGGUGGCAUCCCCUUCUCUUUUUGUCGAAUCAAGUCUUUGGUAGUGCUUAGGCUUUCUAAAAAUAAUUUGUCAGGGAAGCUUCCUAAUUGCUGGAAAAAUUCUUCAAAUUUAGUUAUCUUAGACUUAUCAAGCAACAAAUUACAAGGAGGACUUCCUGACUCCCUCAGCAAUUUACAAACUCUACAGUCACUACAUCUGAACUACAAUAAUUUUAUGGGACAAAUCCCUCUUUCUUUCAGAAAUUUUACCGGAUUGGUUACUCUUGAUCUGGCUCACAACAAAUUCGUCGGCAAUAUACCAAAUUGGAUUGGAGAAAGCCUACCAUACUUAAGGACUCUCAACUUACGCUCGAAUGCCUUUACUGGUAGCAUUCCUCAGUUAUCUCAUCUUACAUCUCUUCAGAUAGUGGAUCUCUCGAAUAAUCAUCUUUCGGGAAUAAUACCAAACAGCUUUGGCAAUUUUAGUGCGUUGAAAGGCUCUCCUUCAAAGGAUUUGUACUUUCAUAAUAUUUACUAUGAGGAUUACAUGUGGCUCUUCACAAAAGGAAGUGAACUCGAAUACAACACCAUGCUACUUUCAAUCGACACAGUCAUUGAUCUCUCCAACAAUGGUUUGUCCGGUUGCAUCCCUAGAGAGUUGGGAAAUUUGCAUGGCUUGCGGAGCUUAAAUCUAUCUGGGAAUUACUUAACAGGGGAGAUACCAAGCAACAUUGACGGAAUGCAACAGCUAGAAAUCCUCGACCUCUCAAGAAACAAUCUCUCGGGUACAAUUCCUUCAACCUUGGCAGAUUUAAAUUUCUUAAAUGAUUUGAACUUGUCAUAUAAUAAUCUCUCGGGUAAAAUCCCCACUGGGAGCCAAUUGCAAACUUUAAAUGAUCCAUCUGUCUAUGCUGGCAAUCCAAAUCUUUGUGGCCCUCCUCUCCCCAAAAAUUGUACGGUGAAUAUAGCGAAGACUGAUGGAGAAGAGCAAAAUGAAAAUUCUUCUGAGAGUAGAAUGGAAACACUUUGGUUAUACACAAGCAUUAUCUUAGGAUUUAUUACUGGAUUUUGGGCGAUUUGUGGAAGCCUUUUGUUACGACGGACAUGGAGGAUCACGUACUUCUGUGCCAUUGAUAACAUGUUUGACAAGCUAUACGUGGUGAUGGUAGUGACUGUGGCAAAAUACAAAAGGAAGCUUUGAUGACUCUAUUGUUAGAGGGGGUCGAUAUGACUCAUCCUACUUAAGCAAUAGCACUGGCAUUGGUAUCGAUCACGUUCAUGAUUUGCAUGUCUUUUCACAACACACCAUCACAUGAUUUUAAUUUUUCCUUGUUGUGCAUGCUAUAGUGACUCUG